AUGGCCGCAGCCAUCAGGAAGAACUUCUCGUCAAGGGGGAAGUCUAGCCUAGUCAGGAUGGUUGUCUUUGAUUGCAGCCUGAUCGAGUUGAUCAGUCGUACGGAUCCGGGUUACCUAGGAGGCACGAUAUCUCCAGCCUGGAUUGACCGAGAGCUAUCUGGAUUGAAGAAGCUAGAAAAAGCCCUAAGGCACGACUGGCCUCUAACGGCAGAAGAGGCAGCUUUCCUUGCUGCCUUCACGGGCUCAGCCCGGUAUGAAGAGUGGCUCAUCAACGUGAUCAUAGAGGCAGAAUGGGUACUCUGCAUCCUCCCUAUCGUACGCAAAAGAGUUGGAUGA